AUGUCCAAACCUGCCCCGACUGCCCUGGGCCUCGGCCGCGGCCUUCCCUCCUCUCUCCCCCAGGUCCCACGCGCUCGGGAAACCUCUGGGGCCGCAUACACAAUGUUCUCGGCACAGCAAGUGAAGCAGUUCAAGGAGGCGUUCAACAUGAUCGACCAGGACGGCGAUGGGCGCGUAUCCGAGGCGGACCUAAGGACGAUGUUGACUGAGCUUGGUCAAACCCCCACUCCUGACCUUCUCCACUCGCUCCUCACGGCGCGGCCAGGGCGUACGACUGGCUCGGCCGACGGCAUCAACUUUACCCAGUUCCUCGCAAUGAUGGGCGAGCGCCUCCUCCACCUCGACCGCGAGCAUGACCUGCUCGAGGCGUUUGCGUGUUUCGAUGACGGGGAUAAGGGAUGGGUUCAGGUCGCAGAGGUGCGCAAGUUCCUCGCUGAGUUGGGCGACCGCAUGGACCAGGAGGAGAUGGAUCGCCUGUUCAGCGGCCCAUUCACCGACCGCCAGGGCCGCUUCAACUACAUCGAGUGGGCCAAGGUGCUACGCGUCAAUGACGCCGACGAGGCGCGACCCGUGACUGCUGCCGCCUGA